AUGGUACAGAAACUGCUCAAACCAGAACCGCAAAGCCCUGCAGAAAGUGCAUCUCCAGCUCUGCACUCCCCUCUCUGCACAACAUCUACACCAGCAGUACAAGAGCUGCUAAAAUCAUCAGAGACUCCACCCACCCCGACCCCGAUGUUUCCUUCCGCUGGACUCUUCUCUGAAACCGACUGUCCUUUUCUCACUUGGGGCGGAUGUGAGCGACCUUACUGUCCAUACAAACACAUCAAAGAAGAAGACCGCACAGGUGUUUGUGCCGGAAGUGCGCGCGCGACAGCUGAAAAAGGUCAUGGCAAUCAUACCGCUGCUAGAAGAAACUUCCACAACCAGGAACAGAGCCACACUUGUCUUUCAGAGCUGGAAAGGAUCAACAAACAGAUUGAAGCAGUUAGAAAUGAAGUGGAGAAGGAACAAAAAAGACUGUCCCGCUACCAGUCUGAACAGGCUGAGAGUGCUGGUGCUAGCUCAGAAGAAUAUCUUGUGACCAGAAAAACUUUGUCUAAAGACCAGAAUGGAAACCAGCUGAAAUGUAAAAAGGCCACUGGUGGUGCCCGCAAAUAUGUUGUUGAUCGCACCAAACCCAAAACUGAUCUGGAAUAUGACCCUUGUUCAAAUUUUUCUGCUGAUCUGCGAUCUGGCAGUUCAACAGAUAAAAUGAAGUCAACCAAUAAAGCUGAUGUGGAACAUGAUCAGCGGGACAAAGGAAAGGGUAAGAGUGUGUCUGCUGAUCCAGUUCCCAGUCCUCCUUGCAAUUUUGAGGAUUCUGAUGAGGAGGGGGAACUAGUCAUUGACAUUCCAACCUUUGAAAUUGAUGGGAACAAGGGAUCUCCGAUACAGAGCUCAUCAGCCAGUGAAAAUGCACAUUUUAUGAAGAUAACCAGCGAAUCUUCAGAAAUGGCCCAUCUUGACACUGACAUAGAAAACAAAGCAGAAAAGAUUAAGCCAUUGAAGAAGGGUAUGACUAGCAUCGGUGAACAACAGGAGUCUUUGUACAAGGAGACUGAUUUGGUAAAACGAAGACACCCCAUGCUGCAAAAGGAAAAAAUGCCUUCUGUAAGAGUACUCGCUGUUGGAAGUAUACCUAUUGAAGAUGAACAAAAACCCUCAGUUCAUCCCAGGAUGGCCAAGGAAGAACCAGAAUCAUCCAAGAGGAUGAUGGAGAUUGAUAACUCACCUGCAGAAAAUAAUCAAGUGCUUCAUAAGAGCUUGAAACAAAACUCUGCUGCAUCCAAGAAUGACGAAUGCGAGGAGAAGAUCUUGAACUAUGCGACUGUCAAUUCUCCAGAAUUGCAUGAACAUGCAAGGUCCUCUUCAGUGGCAUGUCUUUCACAGGUUUUCCAAUCGGAAAAACCUACUCCUGCAAACAGCGUGAAUGCUGGUGUUCAUGAAGAGAAAGCACAAAAUAUUGAAAAUGUUCUAGACGAUAUUUCCAUUUGCCUGGACCACCUGAGACGUGAAAGUGAGAACAUCACUUGCCUUCAAGAUGUGGAUGCUCUCCUCCUUGACCCUGUCCAUUCUGCUCCCAGUUGCUCAAAGAUACAUGGAGAUUAUUCUUUACAGCCUGUCGCACAAAAGCUGCAAAGGCAAACAGAACCCGAGAUAAAACCAAAUAACUGGCUCUCGGGUCACAUUAACAAAAUGGACACCAUGCCCCUUACACACUCAACAGAGAUCCCACAAAAGACAUCAGUAUUUCAGGAUUACCCUUCCACCACUUCCUCUUUACCAGCCAUAAAUAAGGAUCCCGGCUCUUGCAAGAACAUUCCAACUUCUGUUGAAACAAACUGGCCAUUUGCACAUAAAGUCCAAGCUGAACCUGUUCAGAACGUACCUCUGUACAAUUCUGGAACUGACACAGCAAUGGUUCCUUCUCCACAGAUGGAGCUAAACCCAGCUGCUACAUCUAUGGAUUUGACUGGGGGUCAGAUCCUGGAGAAACCACCUGCUCUACUGGGUGCAACAGAUGAUAAGAUAACAGUUGACUCUAGUUCUUCAGAAGAGCUCAAUUAUUCAGACCUAGACCUUUCAGAGAGUGAUCCCAUGGAAGAGUGCUACAGAAUCUUUAUGGAAGCCAACCAGGCUGAAGAUCCCACAGUUCAAGGUGACAUGCCAGUAAGUGGAUGGAUGGUCAAGCCAGCUCUUGCUGAGAAAAAGAGAGUAGCCCAUGUAGCGAAGUUUGAGGUCAGUAAGAGCAAAGCACAGGUCAUCGUGCCCCUUAGAGAUGGCGGUUCCCAGCUGCCCAUGCCCAGCCGGAGUCAGCAGUGUCAGAAGAGAGCAACAUCUCUUACGGCAGCAGUGAAAGGGUGCCAAUCCUUUAUUGCAGCCAACGCACCCAAGCGAGUCCUCACAUCUACUGUCAUUCAUCCAACUGCUGUGCCAAACAACUAUGCAAACAUCUUCCCAGUUGGAGCGACCUGGCAAAUCGGCCCAAACCUUCACCUGAUUGUCCCCGAAGGGAGCUGUGCUGUACCGGUCACACUGAUCCCUGCUGUUGCUAUGCCUGCAGCACGUCCAGUCCAUCCACUAGCCCCAAAACCACAGCCUACUAAACCAGCCAAUUACACACCUGCAAAGCAAAUGAAUAAUUUAAACCUGUCCCAUAAAUGUUCAAUCAUUCAGUCAAUUCCCACCAAGCGCAAAGCAAAAGGACGUUCAGAGGUCGGCGUAAAGGUUCCUCAUGAUGUACGGCAGCGGUACGUAAAUCUGUUUGUGGAGGAGUUCCUGAAAACAUCCGCCACUGUGCAAGAUGCCUUUGAAAAGGCCCUAGCAGAAGAGAAGACUUUGUUUGAUCGCAGCGUCAAUAAACUGAAGUAUCUAAGCAUAGCAGUGAAUGCACUCAAGAGGCUUAAAAAUCAAAAUGCCGCUCCUGCCAAAUUUUCCAGUGAAAGAGAUGCACAAGCGUCUAGAGGAAAUGUGCCACUCAGUUCUCAAGCACUACUGCAAAAUGGUGACACCACACUGUACGAUCAGCUGAAGGAGCAUAUUCUAACCGAGGCCAUGUUGAGGGAGAAUAACUAUCCUCACAAACACCCUGAUAAACCUGGAUUCGCCAUUCAGUAUGGUGACACCAAAAAGGGCAGCGCUGACGUUUCCAGGAGAAUCUGCUGUCGCUGUGGAACUUCUUUCUGCAUUAGCCAGACAGGAAAACACACUCGCACAGAAGAGUGCAACUAUCAUUAUGGGAAAGUCAUGGAAAACAGAGUACCAGGAGGUGUGGAGACGCGCUAUAGCUGCUGCGAGAACGCAGUCGGGUCGCCUGGGUGCCAAGUGUUCAAGCUCCAUGUCCAUGAUGCAGUGAGUCUCCAAGGCUUUGUAAGCAGCCUCCCUCAGACUCAUGUGGGCUGCCCAGGGAUUUAUGCUAUUGAUACUGAAAUGUGCUAUACCACGCAGGGUCUGGAACUGGUGAGGGUCACGGUGGUGAACAGCAGUCUGCAGGUCAUCUAUGACACCUUUGUUAAUCCUACUAAUGAGGUCAUCGACUACAACACCAGGUUCUCAGGAGUCAGUGAGGAGGAUGUGAAGAACAGCAGUUCAUCUUUGCAAGAUGUGCAAGCUGUGCUUUUGAGCUUCAUCAGCGAGGGAACCAUUCUCGUUGGACAUGGUUUGGAAAAUGAUCUCUCUGCUCUGAAAAUUAUCCACAGCACGGUGGUCGACACGUCUGUGGUGUUCCCCCAUCGCCUGGGUCCGCCGCACAAGAGACAGCUCAGAAGCUUGACAGCCGAGUAUCUGAGGAAGAUAAUCCAAGAGAGCGUGGAGGGACAUGACACCAAAGAGGACGCGACAGCGUGCAUGGAGCUCAUGCUCUGGAAGGUGAAAGAGGAUGGUAAAGGGAAGAGAUGGUGACCUCGUGCAGAAGAAAUCUCAUCAUUGCCCCAAUGUGCACUUCUGUAUAAUUGUAAAAUUAGACUCAAAACCUUUGCUUUAUUAUAACAAUCUUCACCUGCUGUCUGUAUUAUAGCUACUGGGAUUUUAUGCAUAGACAUGAUGAAUUGUUUCCUCAUGUAGCUAAUACUUUAGUCACUUUCCGAAAACAGGUUACCUUUCUGUGUUGCUGCGGUGGUAGUCUUGAUCAUUUGUACAGUUUUAAUACAUACAAUUCAGCUGGAAAUGUGGAAAUAGUGUACUUUUUGAAGUGAUAUAAAAUGACUUAAGGUAUAUAAUUUGACUGUAAUUAAACUUUAGAGUAAAUCUUUCUAAGUAAACGAUAAAUACUAAAGAUACCAACGGUGUAGGCUUAAGGCUGCCACUUCCGCGAUAAGGAAAGGUACAAUUUCAUGAUGUUUUUUUUUUUUCUUUCUUUCUUUCUUUUUCUGAGAGUUUUGAAUUUUGUUUUGUGAAAUGUUUAUGAAAUAAACAGUCACAUUUGCACUAUGGGAGAAAAAGUAUACUUGUGCACUCUGGGAUGUUGGAAAAGAAAGUAAAAGCACUGCAAUUAUCUAGUGUUGUCAAUUUUCUCCCCCUCCCCCCCAAAAAAAAUCUAUAUAUAUGCUAAAAUGGCAGUACUGAUUGAUUUUAUAUAUGGAUAGGUAGAUAUAUACACAUAGAUAGAUAGAUAGAUAGAUAGAUAGAUAGAUAGAUAGAUAGAGAGAUAGGUGUAUAUAUCUACCUGUCUAUAUAUAAAAUCAAUCAGUACCGCCAUUUUAGCAG